AGCUUUCAAUUCAGUUUCACCGGCAAUGGCUGAUGCCCAAGCCCUAGAAAGGCAGGAGAGAAGCCUGGAAGGCGAGUUCGGAGGUACUGCAGAUGGAAGUCUAGCUGGAACACAUACGUGGCAAAAGCCACAAGGAGACAAGCAACAUGAGAACUUCAGGUAUAACAAUGUCCGUUUCCUCCAGGAACAAAAUAAAGAUGCCACGAAAGCCUUGGAUCGCGUGGAAGAAGAGCGCGACGAAGCCUUCGCGGCGAUCGCACAGUGGGAGGAGAAGCGCCUGCAGAUCCAAUCGGACUUUGGGAAGCUUCAACAAGAGCUCGCAGAGACCGAGGAGAAGUGCAACGUCUCUGCUGCAGAGAUCCACAAGCGCGAUGAGCAGAUUCGAGUCUUGUCGGAACAGAACAGAUCUCUCCUGGACAUGUUGGAACAGGAGGAGCUCACGGUGAAGGAACGACAAACUCAAAUCGCUGAGCUCUCCGCCACGCAGGCCAAGUUGCAAAAGAUUUCGGACGACUACAACGUGGUCAAGGCCACAGGCAACCAGCAGCUCCUGGGAGCCUACAACGAAAUCGCCAAGUUUGAGGAGGAGCUUCGAAAUGCUCAAUCCGAGACCGGGCAGCUCAAAGAGGCUGAGCGGAAUUUCUCCGCACAAGCCAAAGCUGACAUCGAAGCUCUCGAGGUGAAGUUGAAGGACUCCAAAGAUAUGAAUGUCCAGUACCUGCAGCAGAUCCAACACAAUGAGGUCUUUGAGCAUCGCUUGGCAGAAGCCAUCAAUCGGCUGCGGGAGACCUUGGACGAGUUGACGGUGCAGAAGAAGGGCAUCAAGAUGCAGCUCGACAUGGACGCGGAGAACCGCGACAAGUGGAUGCAGAGCAAAGCAGAGGUCGAGAGAAGAAAGGACGGCUUGGAAAAGAUGGUGGAUGCCCUACGGCAAGCCUUGAGAGGUGCUGAGGAACAGAACACCCGGAUGCAGGAAGAGAACAAAGCAGGCUCUGACAAUUUUAGGCAACUGGGCGACAAGGUCUAUGCGUUGAUGGAUCAACUGCGACAACAUCAGACCGACCUCAAGAAGACGGAGGCGGGAGGUGUGGAAAAGCAGAAGAAGAUCGGCUCUUUGGAGAAGCAAUCGCAGAAUCUUCAACAGCAGCUGCAGAUGGAGGUGGAUGCGAAGCUGUCCGCGGAAGCGGAAGCCCGGAAUGCUGCCCAGAUGCAGGCCUUGCUGCAAAAGAAGAACAAGAUGUUGGAAGAGGCACUACAACUCGCGCUAAAGGCGCAGGAAAAGGUGGAGAAACGCCUCUUAGAGCUGAAAGAGAAGACCGAAGCCCUGCAGACGCAGAAUGACUACCUGGGCACGCGUAUCGAUGGCAACGAGGAGGACAAGGGCGCCCUCAGGUAUGACUUAAGAAGAACUGAAGAUGAGCUUCGACAGGCCACUGCGGUGAACGGCCAGCUCCUACAGAAGCGUGUCGAAGUGGAGGAUCGCUUCAAUGAAGUUGAAGCCGAAAAGGUGGCUGUCAAGGCUGAGCUUGACUACAUCAAGCGAGAGGAUAUGCUGGAUGAAACUGGUCGUACCAAGCCCAUCCUCAUUGAGUCUGAAUCGAAGCUCAUCGAGAGACUCCAGAUCAAUGAGUUCCUCUACAGCUCCCAGCAGGCACGAAAUCCAGUGCCGAUGCUGGUGGAGAAAAUCUCCCAUUUACUGGAGAUGCUGCAUACCACGCAAGUGCAGUCGGACAUGUACCUGCAGGACUUGCAGCGAUCCAACUCCAUGCUUCAGGGCUUGCGGGAGAAGAACAAGAACUUGUACGAAAAGGUCCAGAUGUGCGAGACCUGGAAGAUGCGAGCUUUGUUGAAGAUUGCAUCCAACGAGUUCGAGAUGAGGAGCAGCGUCAAGGGGCACAAGUCCAGCAUCAAAGAAGGCAAUGCCCUCUAUUUGGAUGGCCUCCAAUAUUCCAACAAGGAGAUUGGAGAGCUCAAGAAGUUGAUUCAGAAUUACAUGAAGGAAGAAAACGUGAAAGAGAUCCGAUUGCAGGACAACAAUUUGGACAAAACGGCAGUGCCACUGAUCUGCGAGCUGAUGGACUUGUGCCCGUACUUGACCAAGCUGGACCUGAGAAGGAACCGCUUGGACAACGAUGCACUUGCGGAUCUUCAGGGCUUCGUGGAACGCAUCCCUGGCGUGACGACCUUGGUGAAGGAUCCCGUCUCUGGGGAUCUUCGUGCGCGAUCCGGCAACCAGGUUCGUUUGGUCAUCCUCUUGGAGGAUCAAAGUCCACCGGAUCCCGAAGCACCGCCGUCGCCGACAGCAGAUCUCACAGAGGAUCAAGCAGGUCUUGCAGCAGAUGGUUUCUUAUCCUCGGCUGCCGGGGUGACCUCUCAGGGCCGACUGCAGGGACCCGAUGGGCCCAGCGGUGGAACCACACGCACCAUGGCGGUGCCGCAGAAGCCAGGUGGUGCUGGAAAGCCCCUGGGAGAUGGAACUGCAACCACACUGCCGCCAAUUUCGUAGUCUGCAAUGAAUCUCCGUGUCCGAAGUUUCACUCUUUGCAUUGGAAGUCCUGCUAGGUCUUUCCUAA